CGGCGCGUGAGCGCCGUGCCGAGGCGGGGGGCGUGGAGUGGCGCGGCGCGAGGCCGGGAAGGUUCCAGAGGCGCCGCCGGGGCAGGGGCAGGGGCAGGAGCGCGGGCACGCGCCGCGCCAUGGCCGCGCACCAGGAGUUGCAGAAAGAUUUGGAAGAGGUUAAAGAAUUGCUUACGAAAACCACGAGGAAGCGGGUUCGUGAUGUCCUCACGACUGAAAAACACAAGCUAGAGAUAGAAAUCAAGAAUCAGCCUCCACCAAAGCUGAAAGGCGAUGCAGGAGAAGAAGAAAAGUCAUCACUUGCAGGAUAUACAGUGAAGAUAAACAACUAUGGUUGGGAUCAGUCAGAUAAGUUUAUUAAGAUCUACAUCUCUUUAAAUGGAGUCCAGAAGCUCCCAGCUGAGAAUGUGCAGGUGAAUUUCACAGAGAGGUCAUUUGAUUUGCUAGUGAAGAAUCUGAAUGGGAAGAACUAUACCAUGACCUUCAACAACCUCCUGAAACCCAUCUUGGUGGAAGGCAGCUCUAAAAAGAUAAAAACAGACACUGUCCUUGUGAUGUGUAAGAAGAAGCGGGAGGAAAAAUGGGACUGUCUCACUCAAGUGGAAAAAGAAAGCAAAGAGAAAGAGAAGGCAGCCUAUGACACCUCAGACCCCAGUGAAGGGCUUAUGAACCUUUUGAAAAAGAUGUAUGCAGAAGGGGAUGAUGAAAUGAAGCGCACCAUCAACAAGGCUUGGGUUGAAAGCAGAGAAAAACAGUCCAAAGGGGACAUACCAAUGGAUAUUUGAAAGUACUCUAAGGGCCGCCUUAAUACUGAUCUUCCAUGUGAGACUUCCUGUGCUGCAAAAAUCAUUGUUUACACAACCUUCUUCCAAGCAAAGACAGUCAUUUUCCAUUUCAGAUUGGAGAAAAUAUUUAAAUAAAAUAGCUUAUAAAGCAUUUCCUUCAGUCAAGUGGUUCGCCAUUUCCUGAAGAGUGGAACAUAGUAUAUCUUUACCCCUCCUUCAAAAAAAAAAAAAAAAUUGAGUAGAGACUUUUGUGAAACUUAAGAAAGAAUGUAAAAGAAAAGGAAUUCUAAACUAAGAUGGGUCGAGUCCACUUGUUGCAAGUGAUAUUUGUGCCCAUCUAGGGCUAAUGGCUUAUGUCAGUCUACAUGGGUGUGUGUUUUAUUACAUGUGGGGUAGCAUGUUGAACUGUAAGACAUGUAACAGGCAGAAAUGCUGAAGAAAGCUGAACUGCUAUCUCAGGACAGUGCACUUGCUAGUUGAGCAGAAAUAUUACGGUCUUUAUGCUGUGGUACUAAACCUUAUUACUCUCUGAAAUGAAUUACUGGCUGUUUAACCCCUUACGGUUUUUGAAAAUGAAGACAACUCUUUAGCCCCUGUGCUAGUUGUGACUUCCUUGGAGCCUCUUUGAAGUGAUGGCAGUCACAGGAGAGCACUGAGCUGCUGAUACAGAAUAUUGAGUUCUCCCUGCCUCUAGCAGUAUAUGAGGAAAAGAGAAAUGACCUCCAUUAUUCCGUAACAAACUAUCAAAGGUUUUAAGGUAAUAGAGAAAGAAGUAUGUUGAGGUAAUUUAUACUCCAAAAUUUGACUAAAUUGGAGGUUGUGAGCUACUGUCAAAUUGCUGCCUCUGCAUCUUCCAUCUGACAGUAUACUUGGCCUGUUUAUUGCAGCCUCUGAACCCUACUGCUGAGGACAAAGUAGCUGUUUUGCCUCAAAUGUCCUGCACUGAGAAGGAGUACAGGGCAAACAAGCUCAGGCAGCAGGGUUCCUUCUGGUUUCCUUCCUUGCUGCUUCCUUAACACUUACCUAUCUCCCAACGACAGUUUUAUUUGAUGUUAAAUCAAUUGAAUUAAGCAAGCCAUUACUCUCCUGUUGUGGUCUGGACUAGGACUCGUUUGCUACCUUGUUCCUAAAACAAUGGACUAAGGUAUGCACUACAAGCAGGAAAGGAAUAUUAUAACACCAAGAGGUUCUUUAUCCACUCUUUGCCUACCUGUUACUAUAAUUAAGGUUGCAUUGCAAGAGUAUCUAAACUUGAGGCCACAUGUUACUUUCAAUUCAUGCUCAUCCUUGUUCACAGAAUAAUUCUUUGCCCACUUCUGCAAUUUUAUUUAUGCUUUUAUUGAAUUCACCAUGGUGGACUUAAAUGUGUUGUGCCAAACAAACUGCUUGAAUGAGUCUUGUGCUGUAUGUCUUUAUUUUUCAUGUUCUUAUUACAAUCCUCAGCAUAGUUCUGCAACAAUCAGGUAGUGAUUGUCUCAAAAUAAACCUGCCUCUAACAGA